AUGAAUGCUAGUGGAAUAUCAUUGGAUGAGAUGGGCUUAUCAGAUAGUCUGAUCACUUCACUUGUCAGGGAUUAUUUUCAACCAAUCACUCGCAUCCUGUUUCCUCACUGGGGUGGGGGCCUCAUAGAUUCCUAUCGAGCAUUUAUUGUAAAAUAUGAGGCUCAUGGUGACAGGGAACUGAGUCUACACUUUGACAAUUCAGAAAUUACUGCCAAUAUUAGCAUCAAUGAAGACUAUGAAGGGGGACAAUUGCAGGUCCGUAAAAUGUCAACAGCUGCAGGAGUUGAUGAGGAAUUUUCAGAGCCUAUGGUCAAGAUCAGUCAUGAGAUGUGCUUUGGUUUACUUCACUGUGGUCGCCAACACCACUCAGCACUACCCUUAAAUCAAGGAAUCAGAUACAAUCUAGUCAUCUGGAUGAGAAGUUCAGAAGUUCGCAACAAGAUGUGCCCAAUGUGUCACGACGUCCCAGAUUUGAUUGAAGUGCCUAUUGCUGGUGAUGGCUUCAUUCCAAUAAAAAAGAGCAAACACACAUGUAGUUAUUUAUAA